AUGAUGGUUGCUCCAACAAUGUACUACGCUCCCACAACCGGCUCCAUGCGGUGCAGCACCUGCGCUCCGCUGAUCAAGACUAAUGGUCCGACUCCGUGCAUCACUUCCCCGGCGCGAUCCAUGAACCUCGCCUCAGGCACACGGGUCUCAAGCAGGUUCAAAACAUCAGCGGCGGUCGUGCCCGUGCACAAUGUGAAGCUGGUCGGGCCAGACGGCUUGGAGGGUGAGGUCGACGUGCCCGAGGACGCGUACAUCUUGUACGCCAUCGAGGCGGCCGAGCUAGAGCUACCCUUCUCGUGCCGGGCCGGCUCGUGCUCGACGUGCGUAGGCAAGCUGGCAUCCGGCGAGGUGGACCAGUCGGAGGGUUCAUUCCUAAACGAUGAGCAGAUGGCCGAGGGGUACGUGCUCACCUGCAUGGCCUAUCCCAAGGCGGACUACAUCAUCUACACCCACAAGGAGGAAGAAGUACACUAG